CAAUAUAUUUGCUUUGGAUUCAUAUUUAUAUAAAGAAUAUUUCAAUAUGGAAAGAAAACUUUUCUUGUUGUAUGAAUUUACAUAAUUAUUUUGACCUUGCAGUUCUAGCAGGAGUCUUUCUGUGGAAGAACAUUGUGGCUUACUCAUUGAUAAUCAUCACAUCAAGCAAAUUAUAUUGUGCCUUUUGUCUACCUGACAUUUUAUUUCUAAUUGGGAAAUGGUAUGUGAUUGCAGACAAGGAAGAUAUUUCCGGCUGGGUUUUAUGCUGCCAUAAGGUACUUAACAUGUGGACACUGCUUUUAUUGACUGAGAAUGUUAAAAUCAUUGGUCUUACCUUGCUUAUUCACUUAUAAUUUGUUAAAUGAAUGAUAUUAUGGUGCAAUGCUGUCUUUCUAUACAUAUGUGGUGAUCUCUGGUAGAAACCCACCUCCUAAGUUGUUGAAGCUGGCUGCCAGUGAGCAAUCAUGACCACAGCUCGUAGAAGUGGUCCGACUUUAAGGAAGUGAGGAUCCUUUGCGUUAAUCUUAUAUCAUGAUUUGAACAGCUUGUUACAGCUGAAUGAGGCCUAGAUGCUUUGUCUAGUAAAUGCAGUCUGCGAGU